AUUUUAUUUGUAAAAUCAUUUUUAAUAUAGGAAUAGCUAGUCAGUUUCAUGAUUUUGUUUUAGUUAAAUCUAUAGAUGAAAAAAAAAGAUGUUUUCAAUAUAAACAUAGUUCUAAUGCUAUAACUAAGCUAAAAG